UCCAGGCGCAUUGGUUUCCCCCUGGCUUCCGCGCGCCCCGUUUGGAGGGGCUCCUCGGGAGCGAUGCCGAUGGAUGUGAUUUUAGUUGUGUGGUUCUGUGUGUGCACCGCCAGGACAGUGAUGGGCUUUGGGAUGGACCCCGACCUUCAGAUGGACAUUAUCACCGAGCUCGACCUCGUGAACACCACCCUUGGAGUCACUCAGGUGUCCGGACUGCACAAUGCCAGCAAAGCGUUUUUGUUUCAAGAUGUAGAGAGAGAGAUCCAUGCAGCCCCGCAUGUGAGUGAGAAAUUAAUCCAGCUGUUCCGGAAUAAGAGUGAAUUCACCUUUUUGGCGGCUGUACAGCAGAAGCCAUCGACUUCAGGAGUGAUACUGUCCAUUCGAGAACUGGAACACAGCUAUUUUGAAUUGGAGAGCAGUGGUCUGAGGGAUGAGAUUCGAUAUCACUAUAUACAUAACGGGAAGCCCAGGACAGAGGCGCUUCCCUACCGGAUGGCAGACGGACGGUGGCACAAGGUCGCGCUGUCAGUUAGUGCCUCUCAUCUCCUGCUCCACGUCGACUGCAACAGGAUUUAUGAACGUGUGAUAGACCCUCCUGAGACCAACCUUCCCCCAGGAAGCAAUUUAUGGCUGGGUCAGCGCAACCAAAAGCAUGGCUUAUUCAAAGGAAUCAUUCAAGAUGGAAAAAUCAUCUUUAUGCCGAAUGGAUUCAUAACACAGUGUCCAAACCUGAAUCGCACUUGCCCAACUUGCAGUGAUUUUUUAAGCCUGGUGCAAGGAAUAAUGGAUUUACAAGAACUUUUGGCCAAGAUGACUGCAAAACUAAAUUAUGCAGAGACAAGACUUAGUCAAUUGGAAAACUGCCACUGCGAGAAGACAUGUCAAGUGAGUGGACUGCUCUACAGAGACCAAGACUCCUGGGUUGAUGGCGAUCACUGCAGGAACUGCACAUGCAGAAGUGGUGCUGUGGAAUGCCGAAGGAUGUCCUGUCCCCCUCUCAAUUGCUCCCCAGACUCGCUCCCUGUGCACAUUACCGGCCAGUGCUGUAAGGUCUGCCGACCAAAAUGUAUCUAUGGAGGAAAAGUCCUUGCAGAAGGCCAGCGGAUUUUAACCAAGAGCUGUCGGGAAUGCCGAGGUGGAGUUUUAGUAAAAAUUACAGAAGCAUGCCCUUCUUUGAACUGCACAGAAAAGGAUCACAUUCUCCCAGAGAAUCAGUGCUGCAGUGUCUGUAGAGGUCAUAACUUUUGUGCAGAAGGACCUAAAUGUGGUGAAAACUCAGAGUGCAAAAACUGGAAUACAAAAGCUACUUGUGAGUGCAAGAAUGGUUACAUCUCUGUCCAGGGGGAUUCCGCCUACUGUGAAGAUAUUGAUGAGUGUGCAGCUAAGAUGCAUUACUGUCGUGCCAAUACUGUGUGUGUCAACCUGCCUGGGUUAUAUCGCUGUGACUGUGUCCCAGGAUACAUUCGCGUGGAUGACUUCUCGUGUACAGAGCAUGACGAAUGUGGCAGCGAGCAGCACAGCUGUGAUGAGAAUGCCAUCUGCACCAACACUGUCCAGGGACACAGCUGCACCUGCAAACCGGGCUACGUGGGGAACGGGACCAGCUGCAGAGCAUUCUGCGAAGAGGGCUGCAGAUAUGGUGGAACAUGUGUGGCUCCUAACAAAUGUGUCUGUCCUUCUGGAUUCACAGGAAGCCACUGCGAGAAAGAUAUUGAUGAAUGUACAGAGGGACUCAUUGAGUGCCACAACCAUUCCCGCUGCGUUAACCUGCCCGGGUGGUACCACUGUGAGUGCAGAAGCGGUUUCCGUGACGAUGGGACCUAUUCACUGUCCGGGGACUCCUGUGUGGACAUUGAUGAAUGUGCCUUAAGAACUCAUACCUGUUGGAAUGAUUCUGCCUGCAUCAACCUGGCAGGGGGCUUCGACUGCCUGUGUCCCUCGGGGCCCUCCUGCUCUGGUGACUGCCCCCAUGAAGGAGAACUGAAGCACAAUGGGCAGGUGUGGACCCUGAAAGAAGACAGGUGUUCUGUCUGCUCCUGCAAGGAUGGGAAGAUAUUCUGCCGACGGACAGCUUGUGAUUGCCAGAAUCCAAGCGUUGACCUUUUCUGUUGCCCAGAGUGUGACACCAGGGUCACAAGUCAAUGUUUAGAUCAAAAUGGACACAAGCGCUAUCGAAGUGGAGACAACUGGACUCACAGCUGCCAGCAGUGCCGGUGUCUGGAAGGAGAGGUAGAUUGCUGGCCACUCACUUGCCCCAAUUUGAGCUGUGAGUACACAGCCCUCUUGGAAGGGGAGUGUUGUCCCCGCUGUGUCAGUGACCCCUGCCUGGCUGAUCACAUCGCCUAUGACAUCAGAAAAACUUGCCUGGACAGCUACGGCAUUUCGAGGCUUAGCGGCUCAGUGUGGACAAUGGCUGGAUCUCCCUGCACAACAUGCAAAUGCAAGAAUGGGAGUGUCUGCUGUUCUGUGGAUUUGGAGUGUCUUCAUAAUAAUUGAAGGAUUUAAAAUGGACUCAUCAUGGGAGAAAAAUGGACAAAAUGACCACCCAACAUGAUGAAGAAGAGAAGUUGGUGUUUUUUUACCACAGACAGUUACCAAAGUCUCCAUCUGAGGAAGGUGUUUGGGGUUGCCUUUUGGACCGACCAAUCUGCUCAUUCUUGCUAACCUAGUCUAGGUGACUUGCAGUGCAUUUCAGUCUAUGGUUGUUAACAGAAGUUUCCCGUGUUGUAAAUCACAUGUUUCCCUUACCAGAUCAUUUGCAAAUACAUUUAAAAGUUCUCAUGGUAAAUGUUGACGUAUUUUUUUGGUUUAUUUUGUGUACUAACAUAAUAGAGAUUCAGCUCCUUUUGUUUAUUUUUUCUUGAUUUUUGGAUCAAAUUCUACAAAUAAAGUUGCCUGUUGUG